AUGAGGGGAGAGAAUGUCACCAAGGUCAGCGUGUUCAUCCUACUGGGCUUCCCCACGGCCCCUUGGCUGCAGUACGUGCUCUUCCUCCUCUUCCUGCUCACCUACCUCUUCGUGCUGGUGGAGAACUUGGCCAUCAUCCUCACUGUCCAGACCAGCUCCUCCCUCCACAGGCCCAUGUACUACUUUCUGGGCAUUAUGUCUUCCCUGGAAAUCUGGUACAUCUCUGACAUCAUCCCCAAGAUGCUGGGUGGUUUCCUCCUACAGCAGAAACAUAUCUCUUUUAUUGGCUGCAUGACCCAGCUGUACUUCUUCAGCUCCUUGGUGUGCACUGAGUGUGUGCUCCUGGCCUCCAUGGCCUACGAUCGCUACGUGGCCAUCUGCCAUCCCCUGCGCUACCAGGUCAUCAUGACCUGGGAGCUCUGCGUGCAGCUGGUGGUCUUCUCCUUUGUGAGUGGCUUCUCCAUCUCCGCCAUCAAGGUGUACUUCAUCUCCAGUGCCACAUUCUGUGGCUCUAAUGUCCUGAACCACUUCUUCUGUGACAUUUCCCCCAUCCUCAAACUGGCCUGCACAGACUUCUCGACGGCAGAGCUGGUGGACUUCAUCUUGGCCUUCAUCAUCCUGGUGUUUCCCCUUGUGGCCACUGUGCUCUCCUAUGGGCACAUCUCCAUGGCUGUCCUGCGCAUCCCUUCUGCCACUGGCCGCUGGAAGGCCUUCUCCACUUGUGCCUCCCACCUCACCGUGGUCACCAUCUUCUAUACGGCCUUGCUUUUCAUGUAUGUCCGGCCCCGGGCCAUCGAUUCCCGGAGCUCCAACAAGCUCAUUUCUGUUCUGUACACUGUUCUCACCCCAAUCAUCAACCCACUGAUCUACUGUCUUCGGAACAAAGAAUUUAAGGCCGCCUUGAAAAAGGCUCUGGGCUUUGGUCAAAUUCCAGUGUAG